CUUGUAGACCUCGUACGAUCGGAGAGGAUUCUGAACCCGCAACCAUUGAAAUCUGGGACUUUUGGUCCAACCCGUUUAGCAGUUCUUCAGAUAAGUUUUCUCGUGCUUAUUGUCCUCGAUUUCAGAAGCCCUCCAAGAAAGCGAGCAGUUUGCAAGAAGGUGUCAUGGUCACGCUAUGAUUCAGUGAAUAUCUCCGGUCAUUUGCUGAUGCUUCCACGGCGAUUCCCGGUCCAAGCCGGACUGUCUGGUACGUACGCCACAACAACCCAUUUGAAAUUUUUUUCUAGCUCUGGUGCCGACUUGCUGACAGAAGAGAAUGUAAUUAUCCGAAAGACUUUGCUCAAAGAUCAAGAACAGACGGCCAAAGUCUACCACAAUCUGAAAUGGGGACGACUUUUGCCACACCCAAAUAUCCUAUCAAUUUUGGAUGCCUUCGAAGCUGGAGACAGUCUGUACACCGUCACUGACAUGAUGGAUGGACGUCUGGUCGACAUAGUCGAGGAACAUCUGAAUCACUUUGUAAUUGCGAAGAUCGUCUAUCAGCUAUUGUCUGCCCUCGAACCAUUGCACUCGAAUGGACUUUAUCACGGGAAUAUCACUCUUAAUUCCGUCUUUAUCAAUACCGAUGCUGUACUGAAACUUUCCUCCUAUGGAGACGUCAUGCAGUGUGCCAAUGAAGAAAAAACAAAAGAAGACAUCAUGUCUGUGGGUUCAAUUCUGGCUCGUCUAUUGCUGGAAGAGGAAUCGUUUCUGAAUCUGUCAAAAAUAAAAAACUACAACGACCUUGAUUGGCGAACAAUCCUGCAGGGCAACACUGAAUCGGGCCUAAUCGAUUUCCAUGCUCGUAACAUCCUCUACCUGCUACUGGGAGCUCGAUGCUCUUUGGCGGAUCUACUCAGACAUCCCUAUCUGUUCACAUUCCGAAAGAAUGCCGGCAAUGUGCCACUUAUUGAAGCCGAUCGUCGAGAUCUGUCAUCACUCAGCCUCAGUGACGUUCAAGGACUACUCCGAGACGAGCUCAAUCGAUACGAGUCACCGAUCUCCAUUCAAGAUGUGCAGUAG